GAGUUUCAACUUUGGACAUAAGCGGAGGAGCUGAGAAAUAAACUGGAGAAUCUUUGGAGGAACAGAAAGUCCGUAUUUAAACGAAAGCAAGAAAGCUGGAUAUUUUGACUGGGACUCAGUUGUUUUGGCGGUUUUAACCCAAACACGGAAACCAUGGAGUACUUCCCAGAUCAGGGUUCUGACUGCUCCGAGCUGCUCGACUGGCUGUUUGAUAAAAACGAUGGAAUUCUGCGUCAUGAGGAAAUAGGACAGCAUGGCAUCCAUCCCAGUCUGCCAUUUCAGGAGCCAAAUAUGCCACAACCGGCUGAGCAGGGAGACAAUGACUUUCUCAACACCCUUCUGAGUGGGAGUGAUUCUGUGUCAGCCUCGCCGCUGUGGUCUCCAUCUCCUAGCGACAGUGGGAUCAGUGAGGACCCUCCAUCAGACCAGAUGGAUAGUCCUCAGCGCCCUGAAAGCCCUCCAGAUGAACACUUUUUUGCUACAGGACCACAGGCCAAGGCAGCCCUAGAAGCAAAUAUUUCCACUGAUCCAAAUGGCUGGGAGCUCGGCUUCCCAGUGGGGAGAGCAAGGAUCACGCGGUAUCCCUCAGAUGCACAGCGACCACAACUGUUGCCUGGCUUCCCCCUGACUGUCAAGGAUCUGCUGCUGUCUGGCACACCGGAACCGCCCCCGCAGCCAUCCCAAAAGUCCAUCCAAGAACUGAUUCUCAAUGAUGAUGAAAAGAAGCUUUUGGCAAAGGAGGGCGUCACCCUACCCACCCAGCUGCCUCUUACAAAGUAUGAGGAGAGGAUUCUGAAGAAAAUACGAAGGAAGAUUCGCAACAAGCAGUCCGCUCAGGAGAGCAGGAAGAAGAAGAAGGAAUAUAUUGAUGGACUGGAGAGCCGGAUGGUUGCUUGCAGUGUCCACAAUCAGGAGCUGCAGAGAAAGGUGUCCCAGCUGGAAAAAUGCAACAUGUCACUAAUGGAGCAGCUGCGCAGGCUGCAAGCUAUGGUCAUGAACUCAUCCAACAAGCCAGCCCAGACUGGGACAUGUGUACUGGUGCUUCUGUUGUCCUUCUCUCUGAUCCUGGUCCCCAGCCUCAAGCCUUUCUCUGAUUCGAAGGUCAGCCAAGGUGACUUCAGUCCAGUCAGAAUCCAGUCACGGUCUCUACAGAACCUCCAGGCUUCACGUGUGAUGCAUGUUAUCGACCCCUCUUUCCCCACCGAGGAUGAAUCAGAACCACUGGACCAGCAUUUCCCAGAAGAGCAGAGAUCGGAAGACAUCACAAACCUGAUGGGGAAGCUGGCGGUAAAACAAGACCAUUCUGGUUUGGACUCUGCGUCUCUGAACAGCAGUCAGGAAGAUGGAAUCAGUCAUUUCCAUGUAGACCCAAUUACAGGCCACAUAGCUAGUGUGACUCUGAAUCCCCAUCGCGCCAAGAGGCUACGACCACAUACUGACGACAUGUAAGAGAAAUGAUGAAAUCCACCCCGAUUAAAUCAGUCCUGCUAAUGUUGUAGCAGAGAAUUAUCAGGGACUUUUGUUUAUGCAGACAGGGUAAUUAACCUUUGAUCCCUCCUGUUUAUGCCUUUGAAACAUACAGUGGUUCUCAAAAGUCAACUCACCCCGAAGAGGCUAAACAUCCAGGCCAUGCUAAAAUCUACCAAAACAAUGAUGAUGACUUUGUUAUGGUCUGAUGUCAGUUCAACUUUUGGCCACAGUUCCAAAAGAUGAGUUGACAGUAAACAACACUGCACAUCACAAAAGAACAUGAUACUGACUAAACAUGAUGAUAGCCUGGGAGGGAGUUUCAUGGAGAUGCUCGAGCGUUGUUUUUCGUCACAAUCAUGAACAGUUUUAAAAACUAGUCAGUUUUUAAAACAAGACAUUCUGGUGUCUGCUAAAAAGGCCAAAGAUGCAGAGGGAUGACAUUUUUCAGUGUUACUGUGACCAUACAUCAAAAUAAACAAACAAUAACUUCACAUGUAGAAAAAUAUCAUUUUAGAAAUGGCCAAGACAGAAUCUAGAACUCAGUUUGACAAAAAAUCUGUGGGGUCACUUGAAGAGGUGUUGUGGACAAGAGAUGUCCUAUAAUUUGAUAGCUUUAGAGAAUUUUGCAAGGUAGAGUGGCAAAAUAAUGCCUCAUCAAGAUGCAUCAAGGAAGCCUGAAAAUGUUUUGAACUAACCUAUUUUACUGUCAUCUUUUUUACGUAAAAUAAGGCAUAACAGGGGUGUCUGGACUUUUUGUAUCCACUGUAUUUAGUGUGUACUUUUUUAGUUGUCUUACUAUUUUUUUAUUUGAAAGAGGUAAUUAUUAUAUAACUCUGAAAAUGGUAAUUGAUGUCACUUACUUAUGUCUUUUAUCAACACUUUAAUAUAAAUUAGAAUUUCUGAAAAUAGACAAGUAUAAACUCAUUGUUUUGUAAAAUUUUGAUUCAAACUCCUAAUUUUUAAAGUUAAGGGUCAAUUUUUUUAUCUGUUUUUUAAAAAGUUGAUUGCAACAGUUCAGAUUCAGUGGUGGUUGAAAUUGCAUCAAAUGAGUGCCAGAGAACGAUGAAUUGUUUUGAAAUGCUCUGAUGAAAUGUUUUCUGUUUUGUUAAUUAAAAAGUCACUCUGA